AUGGACCCCUACUGCAUCGUCACUAUGGGGGGUCACACAUUCAAAACGAAUGUGGACGACCACGGAAACAAAACUCCGCGCUGGAACCAAACCUUCAAGAUGGAUUAUGCUGGAGAGGCUCAAAUGCGAUUCAAGGUCAUGGAUAAGGACAAGUUGACGAAGGAUGAUUAUAUCGGCAUGGCAGACGUCACCCUCGCCCCGAUCGUGUACGGAACGCGCCUCUAUAAUGCGGAAAUAGAGCUGACGCGGAAGGAAGGCAAGCGUGCAGGGUACUUGAAAGUCACAAUUGAGUUUGACCCCAAAAAGAAGGCUGAUACUUCUUCUCCCCCCGCUGCCACCCCCCCUUCAGCUGCCGUACUCCACGCCGCGCCAGCAACGGCUUACACACCAGGUUAUUCUCCUACCCCUUUACAAGCGCAACCUAUGGUAGGAACUCCGUAUUACCCCCCGUCAUCAGUGACGUACGCAGCUGCAGCAUCUGGGUACGCCGCCGUGCCGCCUGCGGUUUAUCCAUCACCACCUGCAAGUUACGCUAUGCCACCAGGUGCACCAGGUUAUCAGCCGCCGGGAGUGUAUGGCCAGCCUCCUACUGGGCAGCCGUACUACGGCUAUCCCCCUGGAUAUUACCCCCCUCGAUAG